ACAACAUAGACGUAAGUAUACUAAAUUCUUCAUAUGAAUAGUGAUUGUAAUUCCUAGUAUGAUGUACAUGGACAAAUAAAGUUCAAGAUUAAAAAAUACGUAUAAUAUAUUUCAAAAGUGGACGGUAAUAAAUUCAGUAUCAAUAAAUUCAAUACACAUAAAUACAUAUUUAUUUGUUAGAUAUUUCUUAAUUUCUUUUUGUAAGUAUUGCAUCAAUUUUAUGCAUGGUAUAUGUAAAUAUAUCAUUAAAAACUUCUUGUGCUUUUUCACUCAAGAGACUACGUAACCUUUAUAUUACAUUAACUGGUUCACAAAUAUUGGAAAAAAUGUCAAAUGUCAAGAUUUUAGAUGGUGGAUUUUCUGCACAAUUAUCCACUCAUGUUGGUGAAAAAAUUGAUGGUGAUCCUCUUUGGACAGCAAGAUUUUUAGCAACAAAUCCUAAUGCUGUUUAUGCCACACAUUUAGAUUUCUUACGAGCAGGGGCAGACAUUAUAGAGACAAAUACAUAUCAAGCUUCAAUUCCUGGUUUAAUGAAAUAUUUAUCUAAAACUGAAGAAGAAAGCAUAAAUUUAUUGCAUCAAGCUGUUAAACUUGCCCAGAAAGCUGUUAAUGAUUAUCUUAAAGAGAUUGAAGGAAAUAACGACAUUGAAAAUAAAAGUCCAUUGAUUGCUGGUUCUUGUGGGCCAUAUGGAGCUAGUUUACAUGAUGGUUCAGAAUACAAUGGUGCCUAUGGUAAAGCAACACCACGCGAUACUAUGAUGCAAUGGCAUAGAUCACGUAUCAAUGCCCUCGUAGACUCUGGUAUAGACUUAUUAGCGUUAGAAACAGUACCUUGUUAUCAAGAAGCAGAAGUAUUGGUGGAACUUUUAAAAGAAUAUCCAAAUGUUAAAGCAUGGCUUACAUUUUCUUGUGAAAGAAAUAGCCAAAAUAUAGUAGAUGGAAGUAAUUUUCAAGAAGUUGCUACAAACUGUUAUAAAAUGGCAUUACCAGGUCAAAUAAUUGCUAUUGGUGUAAAUUGUAUUGCUCCAAAAGAUGUAUCUCCUUUAUUAAGAAAUAUUAACAAAGAUACUGGGAACCAAUUUAUACCGUUAAUAGCUUAUCCUAACAGUGGUGAAAUAUUUUCAUCCACCAAAGGGUGGAUAAAGGAUGAAAGCUGCCCUCCAUUUGAAAAUUUUAUCCCUGAAUGGCUAGAAAUUGGAGUACAGUAUCUUGGCGGUUGUUGCAGAAUGUAUGCAGAAAAUAUAAAAUCAAUCAGAAGAGAAAUUAAUAAUUUUAAGAAGAAGAAAGCAGAGAAAGAAAACUAAUUUUAUCUCAGAUGAUCAAAUUUCACUAUCUUCAAUAAAUAAAAACUUACUGACUAAAUAUUAUAAUUUUAUA